ACUUUGAUGUGAAGCAGUCACUAUUGAGAUGCGCCGGAAGUGACGUAUCGCUGAGCAGCGGUGUUGGCGCUGCAGACAGCGACUCACUGAAAAGCAACAAACCUGACCCCCGCGGUGGAACUGUGUACCCUGAGGGCCGGAGCGGGGAGCGCCGGGCCCGGGCUGGAGCUGUAUGGCGGCGGCUGUUUCUGCGGGGGGGCCGGCUCUCAUCAUGGAGAAUGGACAGGGGACCACCACAACCACCAAGCUGGGCCUGCCACCUCUCACCCCUACCCAGCAGGAGGCGCUGCAGAGGGCAAAAAAGUAUGCAAUGGAGCAGAGCAUCAAGAGUGUGCUGAUGAAGCAGACUUUGGUGCAGCAGCAGCAGUUCACCAGCCUGCAGAUGGCAUCACUCACCAUGGGUAUAGGGGAUGCCCUAUCUCCUCUGCAGUCGGUGGCGGCUCAGAGGCAGCGAGCUCUGGCCAUCAUGUGUCGAGUUUACGUUGGCUCCAUAUACUAUGAGCUGGGCGAGGACACCAUCAGGCAGGCCUUCGCCCCUUUCGGACCAAUCAAAAGCAUUGACAUGUCCUGGGACUCAGUUACCAUGAAGCACAAGGGCUUUGCCUUUGUAGAGUAUGAGAUGCCUGAAGCUGCUCAGCUGGCUUUAGAGCAGAUGAAUUCUGUCGUCCUAGGAGGAAGGAACAUAAAGGUUGGGAGGCCCAGUAACAUUGGUCAGGCUCAGCCAAUCAUUGACCAGCUGGCAGAGGAAGCGCGUGCCUUCAACAGGAUCUACGUUGCCUCAGUGCACCCGGACCUUUCUGAUGAGGACAUCAAAAGUGUCUUUGAGGCCUUCGGGAGGAUCAAGUCCUGCAUGUUGGCCCGUGAGCCCACAACGGGACGGCACAAAGGUUACGGCUUUAUUGAGUACGAUAAGCCUCAGUCGUCUCAAGAUGCCGUCGCCUCAAUGAACCUGUUUGACCUUGGGGGUCAGUACUUGCGGGUGGGGAAGGCGGUGACUCCGCCCAUGCCCAUGCUCACGCCAACAACUCCUGGCGGGUUGCCUGCUGCUGCUGCUGUUGCAGCUGCAGCUGCCACCGCUAAGAUCACAGCUCAGGAUCCAGUGGGAGCAACAAUGCUGGGAGCGCUGGCUGGACCGGCGCUCCUCUCCCAGCAGCUCGGGCUUCCUCAGGCUGUCAUGGCCGCCCAGGCUCCCGGUGUAAUCACAGGCGUGACUCCAGCUCGACCCGGCUUUCCUCAGGUGGGUUUGGUGAACCCUGUGUUGGCCACGCCCCCUUCAGCAACAGCUCUGCUGGGAAUUGAGCUGAAGAAGAAGGAAGAGGAGCAGCAGCAGGAGGUGCAGCUGGAUGGAACCAUGGAGCCUCUGAGUGAGCAGGAGCACGUGAGCAUCAGUGGCAGCAGCGCCAGACACAUGGUGAUGAGGAAGCUGCUGCGCAAACAAGAGUCUACUGUCAUGGUUCUGAGAAACAUGGUUGGGCCCGAGGACAUUGACGACGACCUAGAAGGGGAAGUCACGGAGGAGUGCGGUAAAUACGGCCAAGUGAAGCGGGUCAUCAUCUACCAGGAACGGCAGGGCGAGGAGGACGAUGCGGACGUUAUCGUCAAAAUCUUUGUGGAGUUCUGCGAGGCGACGGAGAUGAACCGAGCCAUCCAGGCACUCAACAACCGCUGGUUCGGAGGACGGAAGGUGGUCGCAGAAGUUUAUGACAAAGAACGCUUUGAGAACAGUGACUUGUCCACGUAAUAACUGGAACAAAGAGACUAUGGGGAGUAGGAUAGUGGCCUCUUUCUAACCUGUCGUGUUUUUUAUCAGCGUUUGUCUUCAGGGAAACGUCUCCUCUUCUUCUUUGGCUGGUU